AUUGCGCAAUCUUAACAUGAACGACAACAUUGUGGUGGAGUCGUGCAUCCUGAAGCUCAGCCUGCGAGACGCUCCAGCUCACCACGUCUUUAGUGAACAGACUGCUCCGCCCUUGGAGUUGACUAAAUCCGGCCCCUCGCUGCUGCCCCCUAUCCUCACCCGCAUCACCCUGUCGCCGUCCUACUCUCCGCCCACUGCAGAGCAGUGUGACGAGCGCUUGGUUCAGGACAGACGGUACAGCGCUCAGGACAUUGAGGCGUGCGCUCGGCUCAGGAGGAGUUUAGACGAAGCCGGUGAAAAGGGGUUGGAUGAACGGGACCUCCACGUCUCUCAUCUCCACCUGCAGGAGGCGCAGUCUGGACGCACGAGGAGCCUGCAGCAGUACCUGAAGGUAAACGUGCAGAGCUAGUGUUGUCUAUUAGCU